GGCACUAAUCUAACGCAAUUCCCCGGGACUGGUUGUUGCCUUUGUUAUUGUUUUUUUUUCGUGGUACCCGGAUGAUAUCCCAGAAAUCUCGACUAGUUCGCGACCUGUGCUGCGCCACCCGUAAAGGGCACAAUCUACUAAUUGAGCAGCGCCACCUAGCGCGGGUAACUAUAUAAACAAAGUCGUGUCAACCGGCGAAAUGGACUUACUUACGCGCUGGCUAUGGGGCGAAUGCAAACGACAGAAUCGGCAAAAAAAAGGAGAAGAUUGGAAGAGGGUAGAAAGAGGAACGUAACUAGAAUCUGUUUAGGACUGCACCACGAUCGAUGGAACGACAUGCGAGAAAGCACUGGAUCAGGCAACAGCGAAUUCAUCAAACAUCUGCUCGAUGUUCAUGAUCAAUUCUGCGCCUGCAGCAAUUCCCAGGCAAUGGAUACAGCUGAUCAUGAAGUGACCCUCACGAUAUCAGCAUCGGGAACACCGCCACUUGCUUGUACGCCUGGACUUUCUUUUAGUACUCCAGUUUGUGGUCACGUUGACACUCCAAGUCCAUCUCGUUUUAAUGCCAGUUUAAUUGUCAAUGACCAUGAUGCCAGUGCGUCUACAUUGGCAGGAAGUUUCCUGCAUUCUCCUCCAGUCCCAGACAAGGCACCAAGUGUAACCUCACAAACCAGCUUCAACACAGGACUAGCAGAACUGUUGGAUGAGAAUGAAGAUGAUGAAGAAUAUAACCCCAAUAUUAGUGACACAAGGGCUACCUUUGGAGAGGACAUUGACAACAUCUCGGCAUUAGAGGAAGAUCUUCUAAACUUGCCCGAAUUUGCCACUGAUGAUGAUGAUGAUGAUACACCUGAUCACUUCCCCGACACUUCUGAACCACUGUUGGAACUCAUCUCCGCACCGAAGUUUAUUGGUUACCUGAGUCAGAUCAUGGAGUUGGUGAAACUGAAAGCCGGUGACACUUGUACAAGACCAUACAAGACAAGAUGUAUGGCACUGCCUUGGUUGUACAAUGGGGUUGCACUUCUGGUCACUCGUGUGGAUCCUGGGCCUCACAACCAAAGAUGAAAAGGAUGUUUUGUGGAAAUCUCCAGCUGUCGACAAGCAUCCUAUUCAGUGGCAACUCCUACAUGAAGAUUGCUCUUCUAGCAAAAUUCCUAAACCUUGGAAUUAUUGGCGAGCCAACUUUCUACCAGGUUCAAAGACUAUAUGCUGCCCCCGCAAUCAAUAAAUACUGGACUGUGAUGCAGACGCAACUCCUCUCAGAGAAGGUCCGACAACGACAGGAUGUCCGUGUAGCUGGUGAUGGGAGGAAUGAUUCUCCAGGUCAUUCCGCCCAGUUCUGCACGUAUUCGUUCUCAGACCUGGACACAGAUGCUAUCUUGCACCUUGAAGUUGUAGAUGUCCGCCAGUCAACAUCCAGUGUUGCUAUGGAGAAGGUGGCAUUUCAGCAUGGCCUCAACUUCCUUACUUCCAAAGUAAAGGUUACAGAGGUUGUCACGGAUCAGAGCCCAAUGAUAACCAAAGUAAUGAGAAUCACCCCUGGAUACCAAGCCAUUGACGACCAGUAUGACAUAUGGCAUGUUGCAAAAAACCUGGAAAAGCGUCUGAUUGCUUCAUGCAAGCCAAGUUCUGUGCUGAGACAGUGGAUAACACCAAUUAAGAAUCACUUCUGGUGGAGUGCUCAGGUCUGUGAAGGACAAACAAUCAAAAUGAAGGAAAUCUGGCUCAGAGUCCUGUCACAUGUGUGCAACAUCCAUGAAUGGCAUGUUGCAGGACACACAGAGGGAAAGUGCUCUCAUGCCCCCAUCAACGAGACAGAGGACAGAGAACAACCAUGGCUCGACAAAAACAGCCCUGAGAUGGACUCCCUGCGUCAUGUUGUGACAGAACCAAGGUUCCUGAAGCAGUUUCACUACUUCCGCAAAUUCAGACAUACCGGCGCCCUGGAAUCAUUUAACAGUCACAUUCUGACGUACUCUCCAAAACGCCACUCCUACCAGUUCACAGGCUAUCUUGCAAGGAACCAGUUGGCAGCAAUUGACCACAAUCACCAUCUCCAUCGACCUGAGCAGACCAACAGUGAAGGCGAAACAAUGUACAUGGGUAUAUACAGCAAGAGGACCCAGCGUUGGAGACCAAGGACCGCAAAAGUCCUCAAGAACUACUCCUACAGAUGGGACCUUCAGAUGAUGGCCUUUCAGCAGCGGGACCAGGAAGAAACCGGGGGCUUGAAAAGGAAGCAACCCAUGGCAGACGAUGGUGCAUCUCGUCAACAAUUGCAAAGAGACCCUGUCCCCUGAUUGCGGAACUAGUGAGACAGUGUGUCACAAGAUUCACGAAAUGAAAUUGCUGUACACUGUUGUAGAUGUAUAGCUGUAAACUGUUGUAUAUGGAUUGCUUGACAAAUGUAAUUUAAUUCUACUUUUUCAAAUCAGGUUGUGCAAUACAGUGUGAACUGAGCUAUCAAGUGUAUAUGUCUGUUGUGUAUGUUGUAUAGACCGUUCAAUUAUAAUGUAAAAUGUAUAAUAAAGAAGAUUAUGGUAUCAAUUACAAUGUAUUUUAAUUUACUUUGCGUUAUCCAGUGUAAUGUCAGAUAUGCAUUGAAUUACAAUCUAAAUUAAAGAAUAGUAUAGUAUAGUCCAAAUGGCUAUGUAUAUUAUUAUGUAUGAGAACUGCAUAAAGUUAAUGUACAUUUAUGUGAUCCCACUGGAAUUAGUUGAAUGGUUAUUAAAGUUUAUUGGGCAAUUAGUUAAAUUGGUAUUGAAGUUUAUUAGGCAAUUAGUAACAAACAAUCAUCUUAUUAGAUAACAAUUCAAGUAAUCCAAGGUGAUCUCAUAAAUCUACUGAAGAUACAGCUGUGUGUAUUCAUUUAGUAUCUUACAUGUCACAUCUCCUUUAUGGUGUUACUGACAUAACAUGUGAUUAGUAACAAUUAACUUAUUAGAUAACAGCCUUUACAAGUAAUUGCCUUUACAAAGCCUGGGAUGGAUAAAUAUCAGGAGCACAAGGGGCCAAGAAAUAUGACAAGAGACAAGUUAAAGAGAAAGUCAUCUUUUUAUCAUACAUACAUACAACUUAUUUACACUGAUUAAUAAAUAUACAACACUGAAGCAUCACAUGGCUUUGAAUCCCGAGUAGAUCCCCCUGGGAUCUGGGAACCUCAACCUGAUGGCCAGUACGA